AUGACACGGCUGCGAAUAUUGAUUACUGGUGCGAGUGGAGGAAUUGGAGCAAGAACAGCAGUUCAACUUGCUCAGUCGACAUCGACGUAUAAGGUGGAAGCUAUCGCGUUACACUACAACUCGAAUAGUGCAAAGCUGCAAGAAAUCCAAGUCGAGAUCAAGUCGCUGGAUCCGUCCAUCAAGGUUAUUUCAAUACAAGCAGACCUUGCGUCAUCUGAAGAAGUUUCUCGUCUUCAUUCCGAGACUAUCAGACAGAUGGGCACGAUUAAUGUACUCUUCGCAAAUGCGGGCACAACAUCUGACGCUUCUGGGCCGACAGGUCAGCUCGAAAAUGUUUCCCUCGAAACCUUCGAGAAGACAUGGAGAGUGAACACUUUAUCCUCGUAUCACUUGACGCAACUGGUUGUACCUUCUAUGCUCGAAGAAGGAUUCGGUCGAGUAAUUUAUAAUUCCUCCGUGGCGGCAUUAACUGGUGGUGUUGUUGGCCCUCACUAUGCGAGUAGUAAGAGCGCUUUGCAUGGAAUGCUACAUUUUCUUGCGUCAAAAUAUGCCAAAGAUGGUAUUACCUUCAAUGCGGUCGCCCCCGCUUUGAUUGAGGAUACCACUAUGCUUCCGAAAGGCGGCGAAGAACUGAAGGCUAAGGUUCCAGUGGGUCGAUUGGGAAGGCCGGAUGAGAUUGCGAGUGUUGUCGACCUUAUGGUAGCUAACGGAUAUAUUACGAACAAAGUAUGGGCAAUAGACGGAGGAUGGUAUCCGUCGUAG